AUCCCAGGUGGCAUUGUGGUAGCCAGUCCGAAACCCGAGUUUCCCGGCCUCCCCGAGCGUUUGAAGACCUCGGCGGCAAUAGUCUCCCGCACAGUUUGACUCCAUGGCGUCUGUAUACUGGGAUCUUGGGAAACUUCAACCAACAUCCGGUGCCUUCAACUCCGGCCUGACAUCUGUUUAUCAGGAUAGUCCACCCCCCGCCCCGCUCCGCCCCAGGUCCUGCAGAGCGCCGCUCCCCUGACUGGUCCCUAGAGCCUCCUUUCUGAUCCGGUAUUGCAUCCACACGCUAUCAUUGCUUCCCCAUCCUUUUCUUUUGAUCCGACAUUGUGGUCUUUCGUGGGCCGUGCUUCAGUAUCCCUGCUGGGAGAACGAGGGCACAAACUACCAGGAGCCUCUGUCGCAGGAUAUGAAUAGGAGCCUGACCUGGUCUGAGCAGCUCGAUGCCACUGAUGGAAACAUGGCCGGGAUUAAGCAGCGGCUGUAUCCCCUUGGAGGCUCCGCCACAGAUUGGCCCUGGACUUGUCCCUUACUUACUCCCUCAGCAGGGGACCUGGCUGGGGCGUGGACUUCUCCUUACUUCCAUCCCCAGUCUGGAGUCCAACAUCAACAGCCCUGGCCUCUGGAAACUCUUCCCACUGCCCCAGAGGGACCGAGCUGGGCUGAGACACACAAACCAUCCUCUCUCUGGGAUGAAGUCACCAUUCUCCGAUCUCAGUUUAGAUCCCAGGCUCAGGUGAUUGAGGGACUGAAGCAGGCUGUGCAGGGCAUACUGGAAGACCGAGAGCAGAAGUACCAGAUCUGUGCCCUGAAAGCAUCACUAAAGUUGCUGCACGGGGGCCAAGAGAAGAGGUUCCUUCUCCUUGAGCAAAGUCUGGAGACUCAUAGAAGAGAAUUGCAGGACCUUCGGAGGAAGAUACAGGAGCUGGCCCAGGCCCAAGACCUAGCCCAGAUGCAACCAGGGUCAGCAAGGUUCAGCGCUACUAGUUGCCUUCACCAGGAGUUUCAGAAUGAGCGGCUCCUUCUCUGGGAGGAGUCAGAGGCCCUGCGGGAGGAAUUGAAGCUGCUGCGGGACCAACUGAGCCAGCAUAAGGAGUUGCUGCUGAAACAUGACUGAGGGGCUCCAGGUUCAAGCCCAGGGAUGGAAGGACUUCCAUUCAUGUCCUCUAAUCCAAGCUGCCCCUGACCACCACCUUCGCCAUGUCCAGCUCUUCAUCUAACUCUGAAGUAAGACGUGUGGACCAUAGGAGCAGCUGGAAACUUUUAAGGAAGCUAGAUCUCCCAAGGUGCACCCUUCUAACUUGAAGCCCAGCAGCUUGAGCAACAGGACUCAUUCCUUCAAGGCUCCCAGGUCCUCAUGAAUGACCUGUAAGGUCUUGUAAGAGUAUUGGGGUGUACCCUUCUGUACCUACCUGGGAUCUUAAGCCCAAUUUCUGACUCUCCUGCUCCUCCCUGCUGACUUUCCUCCUGAGGCUUCUCAUUGCACUCGCGUGCCCCCAUGACAAUAAAAUUAUUUACAGUGA